AUGACACAAACAACGGUACUUAUAACGUUCACUUUGACGAGAACUGAUCCUGACAAAAUGUAUGACUUGCUUGAAAAGCUUGGUACCGGUUCAUUUGGAACUGUUUAUAAAGCCAUAAAAAAGGAAACGAAGGAAGUGGUUGCCAUUAAACAAAUUGAUUUAGAAGAUUCUGAUGAUGAUAUUAGUGAGAUUCAGCAGGAAAUUGCUUUAUUAUCUCAAUGUGACUCACCGUACAUUACUCGUUAUCAUGGCUCAUUUGUCAAAGGGUUUAAAUUAUGGAUUGUUAUGGAAUAUUUAGCCGGCGGAUCAUGUUUAGAUUUGCUUAAACCUGGUCCAUUUGAUGAACAGUAUCUUGCCAUAGUUCUAAGAGAACUUUUAUACGGUUUAGAAUACUUACAUGUUGAAGGCAAAAUUCAUCGAGAUAUCAAAGCUGCCAAUAUCCUGCUUUCGGGUGAUGGAAAAGUCAAAUUAGAGCUAGCAACUGACUUUGGUGUCGCUGCACAGCUUUCAAAUAAUAAAAGUAAACGAAAUACUUUCGUUGGCACUCCGUUCUGGAUGGCACCUGAAGUAAUUCGACAGGCAGGUUACGAUCACAAGGCUGACAUAUGGUCUCUAGGAAUCACAGCGAUUGAAAUGGCUAAAGGAGAACCGCCAUUAUCUGAAUAUCAUCCAAUGCGUGUUCUUUUUCUCAUCCCUAAGGCCAAACCUCCUGUUUUGGAGGGCAAUUUUUCAGCUGCAUUCAAGAACUUUAUUGAAUUAUGUUUGACAAAGAAUCCUCUCGAUCGACCUACUGCAAAAGAAUUAUUGAGACACCGAUUUAUUAAGUCAGCUCGCAAUACAGUAUCGUUGCAAGAGCUUGUUGAACGAUAUGAAGUUUGGAAAUCUAAUGGUCCACAAAGGGCUGCUUCUAUUUUCCAGAAAACUCUAACUAUAAACAAUCAUGGAACAGAAUUAAUCUGGGAUUUCGAAACUAUCAAACAAGCAGCCAAAAAUGGCACUAUCAAGUUAGAGGCGAGCGAGGAUGGUACUUUUGUGGUUGAAACAAAGAAAGAUGGAACUAUCAAGUUAGAGACGAAUAAGGAUGGUACGAUAAAAUUAGAUCCAGCCACAAUAAAACGAUUGGAAAAUGCAACUUUGUUAUCUUGUUCGAAUCAUUCUACGAUUAGAGCUUCUGAUUUUGCUGUAAGUAUAUUAAUUGUAUUUAAUCCCGGAAACCUAGAAGUUCAGGCAAAUUCCAAUGUUAAUGGAACAAUAAUCCAAACUUCAUCUGCAAAUCAAGUGCUUACGAUUGAUUCGCUUUAUAUGAAUGGCAGUGGACUGGAUACUGUAAGAGCACCAAGGCCAUUUAGUGCAGCUAGCACAACGUCAAGUAGAGCAUAUUCAACAAUUUCCAAAAAAAAUGUUGCAGAAACUAGGACCGAAGAAGGAAUGGCUGGAAGACAGCUUGUUCAUGAAGUUAUUCUACCCUCAAUAUCACAGAUAAAAUCAAAAGAUUUAAGAGUAAAUGAGAUUGAAGCCUUAAAUACAUUAGAGAAAGGAGUCGAGGACCUAGAUAAUGCUAAUCCAGAUUUAGUUAUCACAGUUCUAGUGGAUAUUCUAACACGGAUGAAAGAUAAUGCUGAUGUAUGUGAACAAUUAUCUGAUUUGGGAAUAGUUUCAGACGCGUUUUUAACAGCAAAUAAUCAUUCAACUGUAGACACCGCGGCAUCACGAAGUUUACCGAACGGUAACAAUAUAUAA